GGCCGCUCCACUUGUUGGAUGUUUCACUUUUGUCCAGUGAUGUGAAUUUUAUUUUUUUCAUUUUUAAACUUUCAACCAUAUCCAAAAUCAUUUAUUUUUCAAUAAAAUCAAUCCUUCUACUUGUGUAUUAUCAUAAAUCAGUUUAAAAUAUCUCUUAAUAGUUUCUUAAAACUCUUUAAAUAACAAAAUAGUUUAAAAAAAAAAAAGUUCAAUUGCCCAUUUUUUUUUUGUCGAAACAGUAAACAUUGAACCUAUAGAGAAGAAAAGAUAGGAAGGAGAAAGAAAAUAAAUAUAUAAUACUCAUUCGCGCAUGUCCAACACAAAUACAGUGAAUUUUUUGAGUGAUCCAAUUUGAGUGAAACUCAUUUUAUACACCAACACAACAACCAAUUGAGAAAAAUCAAAACAAAAAAGAAAACGAAAAAACUGUCUCGUUCCACACAAGAAAAAACCUUUUAAUUUGACGGAAGAGAGACAAGAUACAGUCCAAUAUCGCCCAUUCGCUGGUUAUGUACGUAACGUCGGAUUCGUUUUUGGUUGCUCUCGGUGUCAUUCAUUUUUUUUUUAUACAUAUGAAUUUCUAAAGUGCACUUCAACAUCAUCGGUCGCGGGGAAAUUUCUCCCAAUUUGUUUCCAGUUUUAACUCGAAUUUUUGUAUGUGUUUUUUGGUUUGCAUUUCUCUAAAACACAUUCAUUCUCAAAAAUGUUUUAGUAGAGAUAACGGAUUUAAUAGAUGAUUUUUUUUGUCUAUUUAAUUGAUCGCCUUAUUGAGAAUAGAACUAAUUAAUACCAAUUAUGUGCCUAAAUUGAGUGUGGAUGUGGAGUCGAGGGAAAGAGAAAGAGAGAGAGAAAAAAAAACGUAUUUUUCCGUGUGUAAGAUCAUCGUGUUGUAUGCCUUUUGCCUUCUUUCCUCCUCCAGUGUUUGAAGAAUUUCGGGAAAAUGAAGAGAAGAGAAAAAUAAUGCAGAAAGUGUAGAAGUGCCUUUUUUGUAUUGAAAAAAUAAUUUAAAAUAAAAAUGGAAAUAAAAUUCCUCUAAAAAUUCAUAAAAUCUAAUACGAAAAAAAAAGAAAAACAACAGAAAUUUUUUUGUCUGCCUGAAAAAAAAAAAAUAGGAAACGACAAGAAAUUAUCAUUUUCAUGUUUUUCCCCUUUGUGUUGCAAUUUUCAUCAUCAUCAUCGAGAAGAAGAAGAGAAGGAAAGACACGACACAAAUACAACGACGAAGAGGAAACAGAAGUGAAUAACACAUAAAGUGUAAAGUGUGUGGAGUAAAGUCGAGUCGAGCUCACAGCACGAAACAGCCGAUAACCAUUGCGGUGGUGUUUAUAGAGAGAGAAUAAUGGAGUUUGAAAGUUAUUGAUUAAAAAUUGGAUAACAUAAAAACAAAAACAACAACGAUACACAUCAAAUAAAAAUACUGCACCAAUAUCGGCAACAACAAAGACAAGGAUUACCAUUUUGCUCCCCAUACAUGGAAAACGCAUCUACAGAACGGCUAUUAAGCAGUGGUCCCGAAUACGAUGACAGUGAUGACUUUAAUCGAAUGAAUACAACAACACCAACGACGACAAAGGCAGCAACGCCAAGUUUAGCAACCGUGAUUACAGGAGUCACCCAACAACAACAGCAGCAGCCUCCCCAAACGCCCCCCUUGCCCGUUCAAUAUACCUUGGGAUUGGGAGUAGCUGCAUUGCAAGCAGCCAACUCGCAACAUAUGAAUGGUUCGGCGGGAAAUGGUUUAAAUCACUCCUCUUCCAUCGCCAAUAAUAGCGCCGCCACUGCUGCCGCCAACACAACUAACAUCGCUAAUAGUUCCGCCGCCAUCACUCCGACCAACAACAUAAUCAACAGCAAUAACAGUAAUAAUAAUAAUAACAACAACAACAACAACAACAUUAGUAUCAAUAGCAAUAGUAGCAAUAAUAACAAUAAUGUCAGUGGCGGCGGAGUGAUUGGGGGCGGCGGUGGCGGUGUCACUCGAUUGGCAUCGUCUCGUCGCCCCCAAAUACAAAUAUCACCAAGUGAACCGCAAAAAACAUCGCAAUUGUUAACACUUACAAUACACAAGGACGAAAACGGAUACGGAAUGAAGGUAUCUGGCGAUAAUCCAGUCUAUGUGGAAAGUGUUAAACCAGGUGGAGCUGCCCAAGUUGCCGGUUUAAUUGCCGGUGAUAUGAUAUUGAAGGUCAAUGGUCAAGAAGUGCGAUCGGAAAAACACACAACUGUUGUUAGUUUAAUUAAAUCUCAUAUUGUUGUCGACCUGGCGGUUAAACGAAGUCAUAAAAUGCAACGUCCCAGCUCGGUGGGUAUUGGCCCAGCAACGCCAAUACUCUCGACAAGAGAUCGUACAGCUUCCAUCACCGGACCCCAACCAGUUGACAAUGCAAAACGACGUGAAAUGGAAUCGUAUAAAAUCAAAACACUCCAACUAAUGCUCGAACAGGAAAAGAAAAAUCUUGAACGUUUGAAAGGUGAUUCGAGUAAUCCAAGUUAUAAAACUUCUGAAACAAAUAUACGCAAAUUAAAAGAACAAUUGCGUCAAGUUGGAGGCGAGGAAUCACCAACCGGAAUGAAAUUCCAAAACUCAGCUUCUCAAUCAUCGGUUUUGUCACCAAGUCAAAUCCUUCAGCAGCAUUAUUCCCCACAUCAACCAAAUCCCCCUACAAAUAUCCAUCACUUCCACCAUCCUGCCACAACUCCCCAGGCUCCCCCGCACACCAGUCCUGCAUUCCUAUCGCUUCUCCCGCGUUCCUUGUCCUCUUUGAGCUUGGGCACACGCAAGAAACCCGACAAAGAAAUCACAUCACCACUCAGCAAUACCACAGACUUUCUGAAUGCAUCCUCGACAACAAACAGUCCGAGUCCAUUGCUAUCGCAUUCGAUGUCACAAUCUUUGCAUCAACAAAAGGGUUCACCACAACCACAACAAUUCUAUCCCCACCAUUUGCAUCAGCAACAACAACAAGCCCAACUACAACAACAUCAAUCAGGACAUUCACAGAAAUAUAACAAGGACAAUGCUGCAGCAACACCAAAAUCCUCAGUUUCGAAGAAGAAAUUCUCUGGAAGUACAAAGAAUCUUAAAGAGGAUAUACCACCUCCUUUGCCACAGAGAAAUCCUCCCAGAAAUUUGCUUCUUGAAUCAGCCAACAUGGAUUGGCGUCGUAAUGUACCCGUUUCCGACUUGGAUCAUUCAACAAUGUCAAGUCCAUCGUCCACACAACGUGGCUCACCAACUCAAAUCACCUCAGGUGCAUCUGGUGCUGGUCCUCAGAAGGCUCCUAAUAAUGCCCCUGCCUCGGGGGGCAAAAAACGUCCCAAAACAAAAACCAAAGCUCUUUCCGAUCCCAAAAUGAGCACCCAAAUGUUUUUGCAAAUGGAAAAGGCACCUGGCACAGGGGAGGAUGGUGACGAUGACCAUUGUAUUCCACCACCCUUACCACCCAGACAGCCUGGAAUGAUGGAGGAAUCACAAAAUAUUCUCAAUUCCAACAAAAAACAAGGCAAUAACUUUGGUGGUAGACCACCUCCCAACAGUAUUGACACAUUGAUGAAUUAUCCCCUAGUAACUACGUGUACUCCAGUGCGUGACAAUAUGUCAGCAGCUUUUCCACUCUCACAGAGACCAAAUAUCGUUCAGCAAUUACAACAACAUCAACAGAUGCAAAAUCAGAUGCAACAUCAUGGUUCUUCUGGUGGUACAGCUCCACCAUUACCACCACCAGCAAUGCAGAGUUCGAGUUCGUCCGCUGCUCUUGGUCAGACACCACAAAAUAUGAAUCAUUUUGGUAAACACCGCCGAGUUGUGUCAUCACCGGAUAAUAUGCAUCCACGCCAUGAAAGACAAUUGGAUCGUCACAAUAAAUCGACAUCAGGAUCUUGGGAAUUGGUUGAAAAAGACAAUGAAAUAACCCCACCGGGAACACCACCACCGCCUUAUCUCACCUCAGCCUCACAUGCAAUGGCCCAACAGCAACACCAACAACAACAAUUACAUCACCAACUAUCACAACCGGCCGGUGGUUGCAUGGAGGAAAUUGACAAUGGUUUCAUGAUUGAUGGCAAUAAUAGUGGCAAUCCAAUGAUGGUCCUUGCCGGCAGUCCAACACAUUCCAACAUAUUCGCUAGUGGUGGCGGUAAAAGUCCCGCCAUCCAUCCGAAUGCCAUUCAAAAAGAAAUCCUCUCAAUGGAAGAUGAAGAUGGUUCCGAUCAGGAAUUUCUUGUCGAUGAAAAUGGUCCUUUUAAUCAUUUGCAACGUCUUCUCGAAACUGAGAAUGUUGCUCAUUUAGCUGUUUUUCUCAAUUAUGUUCUAUCCAAUUCUGACCCAGCUCCAUUGCUAUUCUAUCUAAUAACUGGUCUCUAUAAAGAAGGCACAGUUAAGGAUAUGCGCAAAUGGGCCUAUGAGAUACAUUCAACAUUUCUAGUACCUCGAGCUCCGUUGGUAUGGUUUAGUGCUGAUGAAUCAUUGGCACGUGAAGUAGACAAUGUCUUACAGAGUGAAUAUGACAAAGUUGAGAUAUUGCGUAAGGUCUUUUGGAAGAGUCGCAAACGUGCGAAGGAGAAAAUCUGUGAUCAAUUGAGAGAAUUUCAACAGAAGCGAACAGCUGGUUUGGGUACUAUUUACGGACCCAGUGAUUCACAGUUGAAUGAAGCAAAAGGAGAUAAGAAUAAAGAACAGAGAAUAUUUGAGGAAACUCUACUUCCGAGAUUACAAUUUUGGAUAGAUGAGCUUGAUAAAGAAGCACCAGUUGAGGAUCCGAAAAAGUUAGCCCUGUGCUCUGCACUGUCUACGGUUCUACAUCGAAUAUUUAUCACUCGAUCGAAUCCGAAUAGUAUUAUCGAUCGUGUUCAUCAUUUUGUUAGUCGAGAGAAAAGCUUCAAGAGCCGUCUUAUGGGCAAGAAUCGAAAGGUGAGUUUUACUUGGAUGACUGUACGUGGUCAUCCAUUAGUAUUACGACAAUACUAUGAAGUGACCCACUGCAAUCAUUGUCAGUUAAUCAUUUGGGGUGUUAGCCCUCAAGGAUAUCAUUGUACAGACUGUAAAUUAAAUAUUCACCGUCCUUGUUCGAAAGUUUUGGAUGAAAAUUGCCCUGGUCCAGUGCCACAAAAGCGUAAGGACCAACAUAAUGACAAUAAAAUUAGUAAAUUUAUGGAAAAAAUAAGACCAACAACACAUUUUAUGCAACAGGAAAGACGUGCUAGACAAGAUGAAGAAUGUAGUAUUGAUGAACUUAUCAAUCCUGAACGCUUGCAUUCAACAUCAAUUGUGCGACAACCUUCAGACCGCAGGCCGGAUGUAGCAAAUACGUCUAUCAGUUCGAGUGGCAAUACAUCGUACAAUACAAGUGAAUUACAAACGUCACAAUCAUUAGAUGCUGACACAAAUGCGCUGGACGCAGAAAAGGAUACCAAGCGGGAUAGGUCAAAAUCAAAAUCCGCUCCAGUUUCGGUCAAUCGCUCCGAAUCAUACAAAGAGAGAUUAUCACACAAACGGAAUCGUAACAAUCGACGUAAAACAUCUGAUCCCAGUCUAUCAUCCAAACCAAAUGAUGACCAACCCGAUUUGGGAUUAUCCAAUUCCAACUAUACAGCGAGCUCUAAUUCUAGUCUAUCAUCUGGGGGUGGUUCUGAGAGCCCAAGUACCUCAAUGGAACAAGUUGGUGGUCCAGUACCAAUACCAACAACAAUUACCACACACAUUAGCAAUAAUUUGUUUAAUUCAAAUGUUGCCAAUCAUUCAAAUUUAGCAACUGGACCCAACAAACAAUGGGUUGAUAGUGAUGACGAUGAUGAUUUAGCAAAUGAAGUUGACUGGAGUUCGAAUAUUGCAGCUGAAGUGUUGGCAGCACUAACUGAUGCUGAGAAAAAACGCCAGGAAAUUAUAAACGAAAUCUAUCAAACAGAACGAAGUCACGUUCGUACCUUAAAACUCCUGGAGGGUAUAUUUAUGCGACCACUCCAAGAGUGUGGUGUAUUGCCACACGAUCAUUUGCAUUUACUAUUUCCGCCUGCCUUACUCUCACUCAAAGAACUCCAUAGUUCAUUUGAGCAAAAAUUAAAAUUGCGUCGUUUAGAGCAUAAUCAUAUUGUUCAACAUGUUGGUGAUUUGCUAGCUGGCAUGUUUGAUGGGCAAUCGGGUGAAGAGUUGCGUGAACAUGCUGCUAAAUUUUGUGCACGUCAACAAAUUGCAUUGGAAGCGCUGAAAGAGAAACGACGCAAAGAUGAAAAUCUCCAAAGAUUUCUAACCAAAGCUGAAUCGCACAGAGCGUGUAGGCGUUUGCAAUUGAAAGAUUUGCUACCAACUGUGUUGCAGCGUUUAACCAAAUAUCCAUUGUUAUUUGAGAAUUUGUAUAAAAUAACAAAACGUGUGGUGCCAGAUGAUCAUGUUGAAGCGGAGGCAGUGCAACGUGCUUUGGAUUAUUCGAAAAGGAUAUUAGUUGAUGUGAAUCAGGCUGUGAAAAUUGCUGAGGAUGCACACAAAUUGCAGACAAUACAGCGAAAAUUAGACAGGUCAACGUUUGACAAGGAGGAAUUUAGAAAUUUGGACUUAACUCAACUUAAACUCAUCCACGAUGGAGGUUUAACAAUGAAAAAGAAUCCUGGCACACAAUUGCAUGGAUUGCUCUUUGAAAAUAUGUUGCUUUUGCUAACAAAACAGGACGAUAAAUAUGCGUUGAAAAAUUUCCAAAAUAUUUCCGCAACCGGUACAACUGAGGUGAAUAAAUUUAUCAGUCCAAUAACAUGUUUUGAUCAGCAAACUUUGGUGCGACAAUCUGCGGUAGAUAAGAAUACAUUCUUUCUUAUCAUAACGAAGACAUCACAAAUGUUGGAAUUAAGAGCGCCUAGCAGUUCGGAAUGUAAAACAUGGUUUAAACACAUAUCAGACGCCGCCGAACAGUACAAACAACGCUCAAAGAGCAGUCAUGAAGUGGUCGAUGAUCCCGCCAGUGCCACAUUACCGCAUUCCAAUACAAAAGAAUCACUCGAGAGCACCCCCGAACGGCAGACGCCAUCCACAGCAACCGCCACCACCACAACAACAACCACAAACAAUAAUGUCAGUGAUCGCGAGAGUACACCCGCCCCUGACAAAAACCGCACCAGUUUACCCAACAACAAUAAUUCACUAGAUAUUGGUGGUGGCAGUAGCGGUGGCGGUAUUGGCAAUAGUAGCAUUAGUCGCGAUGGUGGAAGCUUUGCCAGUGGCAGUCGAAGUCGCAGCAUUAGCCGCAGUGGGUCGCGCAAUGAGAGUAAUAACAAUGACUAUGAUUCUCCUACAUCAACCGAUGAACAAAAAUUGCGUCAGCAAUUGCUUAGUGCAGCUGAAGAAGCUGCAGCUGCAGCAGCAGCUAGACGCGACAACAGUAGCCUGUAUUCGAAUAAUUCCAAUAACACUCGCACGCUAAUGCAAAAUAGUCCGCUUGUUGAACCGAGUGCAAUACAGAUUAGUAUAUCGCCGGCACAUACAGCCGAACCGGUGCUAACUCCCAGUGAGCGAUUGAAGCGUCUGGACAGCUCAAUACGCGAGAAUCUGGUUGAGAAGCAGAAAAUUAUUUGUGAUAUGUUCCGUUUGCCGAUUGAGCAUUUUAAUGAGAUUGUUGAUAUUGCCGCACAGCCAGAAGCGCCCAAGGAUUCCUCGGACAUUGCACUGGCUGCGUACGCACAAGUGCAGUCGUUAACCGAAGUGCUAAAUGAUUAUAUGAAGAUAAAUUCGACUGAGCAGGAGAUAUCCGCUGUCUCGACAGUGGUCUGCGAUCAGUGCCAUCAAACACAAGCGCAGAAGCAUUCACAGCAGCUGCAUCAUCUCGGUAAUGUGAUGACAAGCAGUAGCAGCGGGCGGCCAGUGUCGCCUGUGCCGCUGAGUGCAACUUCAACGAAUACAACUAUGGCGACGACAGUGGUUCUUAAUGACACUGCUCCGUCAAGUAAUGCACCGGCUAUUCCUACGUCACCGGCUGUGACGUCAUCCGCCAGUAAUAACAUUCUGACCAACUCAAAUUCAGUAGAAGUUGAUCAGAUAAUCCAUGAAGACGACGAUGGGUAUUGCGAGAUCGACGAGCUGCGGCUACCUUCAGUGCCACUCUCAAAAAUACCAACAGCUACAGCAACAUCAACUGCUGGUGGUAGCAGUGGUGGAACAUUUAAAGCUCCUCUACCUAUUGGAGUGGCAGCUGAAAUAGCAGCAACGAGAGCCUCGACGACGCCAGAGCUGAUUAAGCGCCAAAGCACAAUUAGUACCGAUAGCAUUCCCGAAGAGUCUGAACACGAUAUGACACAACUUGACGAGCCUACACUUAGUAGUAGUGUGAGCCUAUCGAAGACUACGACGACGACGACGACAAGCAGCAGCAGUAAGGACGAGGUCGAAGCUGCACCAGCACAAAAGCAACCACCACACUUGCAACACCAACAAAGCGGUAGCAAUGGAUCUAUAGAUCCAUCACAGUUGGAUAUUAGUAGUAGCAGUAGUCUAUUGAAGCAGCGAAACUACACAGAAGAUUCACUUGAUAGUGAACAUAUAGAGAUUAAUGAUGCCUAUGAUACCAUGACCGCCGUAAAUAAAUUACACAAUUUAACAUUAAAUGAUGGUAAUGUUGCUGUGAGUGGUAGCACUCACCAAUGUAUUUCUUCUUCAUCACCCGGACCUAUACUUUGUGGACCAAAUCGACUUUUACAUGCAAAUUCCCUUGAACCAAGUGUACCGUGUCAUCUUAUCAAUGGCAUUGUAUCGACACUUAAUUCACAAAUUUCAUUACUUUUGCCAAAAAUCAAUGAACGAGAUCUAGAAAGAGAACGAUUACGUAGGGAGAAUCAGCACUUGAGGGAACUUUUGAAUGCAAUGCACGAGCGCCAGAGAGUUGAAGCCAAUAUGGAAACUCCAGCUGAAAUCACCAAAAGUGCCGACGCUAGUAAUGAAACAAUUAUUACACCCGCAUUAGGAGAAGAACACAAAACCACAACAGACCAAACUCCAUAAAACAACAAACAACAAAAAAUUUAUAUUAAGUUUAAAACCUAAAACAAAAAAUAAAACAAUACAAAAAAACU